CUGAGUAUAAAGGAACGAGCAGGAGAGUUUGUUCCUGUGAACAGAGCUGAUCUGUGUUCAGAGCAUCGAGGCCUCACACCAAACAGACGAGAACUCACAGACAGAGUGCAUGAUGGGACUGAAGACGCUGCUGCUCGUCUCUCUGCUCGGCAUUCUGGUGCUGGGGGUGGUGAGCCGUUCUACCGUCCUAGUACCUGGAGCUCCAUUCCCCAUCAACAACAAUGACCCCGGCCUCCAGAAGGCCCUCGUCGUCGCCAUCAACCACUACAACACCAAAUCAAAUGACGCCUUCCUCUACAGAAUCUCCUCCAUCAAGAAGGCAGAGAGUCAGUUGGUUGCAGGGACUUUGUACAUCGUGGAUUUGGUGAUUUCCAGGACCGUCUGCCGUAAACCCCCCAGCGACCAAAAUCUGUCCAAAUGCAACUUUCAGGCUCCUCGCAAGACGCUUCAGUGUCACGUUAAGGUUUUGGUGGUUCCCUGGCUGAAACAGACCACAACUCUGGAGUUCAGCUGUAAAGCCUGAAACCAGCAGCUGCCUCCACCUUCUUCAUCAUCAUCCUCCUCCCUGAUGGAGUUCACUGUGAUGGUGUCGUCGGCUCCACCUGCAGCUCAUCAUCUGUAACACUAAACCUUUCUCACAAGUUUUCCUGCUGAUUUAUUUCUGUAUUUACGUGUAGUGAAGCAGAAACUGUGCUGUCUGUAAUCUUUGGUUGUGCUGAGUGCAGACGAGGCCACCUGCUGGUCAGGAGGAUGUACAGCAGCAGGUGGCCUGUCCUACAACACACACACACAAAUAAAUUCAAUCAAUCAAUCAUUCAACCAAUCAAAACUGAGUUCAGACCAGAAUGAAACUUUGAUUCUUAAUUUUAAUUUCUAUCACUGUAAAUUUAUAAUAAUAAAAACACUGCAAACCAA